AUGAAUCGUCUUCUGUACUACGGUAGUGUUGAAGCAAUUCCUUUUUACAAUUGUAGUUGGAAAUCUGAAUGGUUUGAAACUGGAGUCAAACGUCCAUUUCUUGGUUAUUCUAUUAUGAUUUUUGGAGUUUUUAUCGAGUUUCUGUAUCCACCGAUUAUUUAUUUAAUUUUUAAAACAAAGCUGAUAAGGCAUUCUUGCUAUAAAAUUAUUGUAUUUCUGUCAAUUAUUGAUAUGAUUGCUACUGUGUGCAGCUGUUUCAUCAGUGGAAGUCUAUUUAUUCAAGGAGCCGUGUUUUGUUCCUAUCCGAGUUUCAUUUAUAUAACUGGCACAAUUGUAUUGACAACAUGGUGUACAUCCUGUGCAUGUACCCUAUUCCUCUUCAUCAACCGAAUUGUCAACAUAACCCUUCCCCAAUAUUCCGACCUAAUCGAAGCAAAACUUGCAUAUUUUUCCAUAAUUCUUAGUAUUAUUUACGGUUUCUAUUAUGUAUUCUUUACACCAACAUUAUGCUUCAAUUCUGGUGGAAUGGCAUGGUUUCCAGAUCCAUUUUCUGAAAAAGAGCCCAGUAAAGAAGCAGCUGAAUAUUAUAAGAAUAGAUCUCAAGGAUGGCAUAAUUGGAUUUUUGUGACGGCGAUGGUUUUGUUAUAUGUCAUUUAUUUUUUGAAAGUGAGAAAAAUUGCAAGAGGACAGAAGUCGAAAGCCUCCACUGCGAUUCUUGUUCAAUGCAUAAUAAUUUGUUUCUUUAACACUACAUGUGCACUGAUUUACAACUCUUUUACACUUAUCACACCGGAUCCCUGGGUUUUACUUUUAGGUCAGUACUGUUGGUGUGUAAAUCACGGCUGUCCGGCUCUUAUCUACAUCACAAUAAACGACACAAUUCGGAAAGGGUUCCGGAAAUUGCUUUUUAAUGGAACACGCGUCGAAGAUACUACAGCAGUUUCUGUAGCAGUUACCAACACUAAUAACAACAUAUAA